UAAAAUUACGAGGAAAAAAGUAAGACGGCAUGCUGUCAGCGUUAUUUGAUUCCGCGUCACACAUUUUACUUAGUUCGCCGGUGAAAUCGGUAAAAUGCCAAGCAAAAGAAGAAACGCAACUGGACCCGCCUUUGCGUGUGCCAUUUUUACCUCAUCGUCACUUGAUGGCCGCUGCGGUUGCGCCCGGUGAAGAAUCCUGCGAGUUCGGCAGCCUCAAGUAUUUCCAAUUGUGCAUGAUUGGUGGUCUUAUAUCCUGCGGCUCCACACACACACUGGUAACGCCCUUGGAUUUGGUUAAGUGUCGCUUGCAAGUCGAUAAGGCCAAAUACAAAAAUCUUAUACACGGUCUGAAGUUAACCGUCAAGGAGGAGGGUGUACGUGGCUUGGCCAGAGGUUGGGCGCCCACAUUCUUCGGCUACUCAGCACAGGGUGCCUUCAAAUUUGGAUUCUAUGAAGUUUUUAAAGUAUACUAUUCCAAGCUAUUAGGCGAUGAAAACGCUUACCUAUAUCGCACGUAUAUCUAUUUGGUUGCCUCGGCUUCGGCUGAAUUUUUUGCCGAUAUCGCCUUAUCACCUAUGGAGGCAGUAAAGGUAAAAAUGCAAACGACACAAGGUUUUGCUAAGACAAUGCGUGAAGCCAUACCGAAAAUGGUGGCCGACGAGGGUAUUACAGCUUUCUACAAGGGACUUGUGCCGCUGUGGAUGCGUCAGAUACCAUAUACAAUGAUGAAGUUUGCUUGCUUCGAACUAACACUGGAGCUGCUUUAUAAGUACGUUGUGCCAAAGCCGCGUGCCGAGUGCACAAAGGGCGAACAGUUAGUGGUCACUUUUGCUGCGGGCUAUAUUGCUGGUGUCUUCUGUGCGAUAGUUUCACAUCCAGCCGAUGUAGUCGUCUCAAAAUUGAAUCAAGCUAAGGGUGCUUCGGCCUUGGAUGUGGCGAAAUCGCUGGGAUUUAUGGGAAUGUGGGGUGGCUUGGUGCCGCGUAUAAUCAUGAUUGGCACUUUGACCGCGCUGCAAUGGUUCAUUUAUGACGGCGUUAAAGUGGCACUACGUAUACCGCGUCCGCCGCCGCCAGAGAUGCCGGCUUCGUUAAAAGCUAAAUUGGCAGCAGGUGAAAAGAAAUAA